AUGAAGACAGUGACCGGCAAAUUGGUAUCGACGAAGCCGAUUUCACUGUCCAACGCUGCCAAGUACAUGUCCAGAUUCACCUCCUCCGAAAACGGAGCUUCCACCGCCAUUGCCGUCUAUCUACACCGGACCUCCGAGGCAUUCAACGGCUUGGUUCAAUUUCACAAGAAGCUGAAAGGGGCAUCGCAUUCCAGCCGCGAAGAAGAAGAACAGGUAUCUCAACCUCUGAGCGUUGAUGCGAAGAUUGAGCAAAGUGCAGCAGUUGUUGGGGAAUCUCAGAAAAGGAAAAAGAAGAAAUCUGGCAAUAAAGGGGAAAAUGAAGAAUCGGUUGGAAGAGGAGGUGAUAAAGUGUUUGGUACAAUUGGAGAGGAGAUAAAGCAAGAGCCCAUUGAAGUCGAAGUUGAUGUCAAGAAGGAGAAGAAGAAGAAAAAGAGAACCAAGGAGGUGGCGGAAGAUAUAAAGGUCAAUGAUGGCGAGACAGUUGAUCAAUCAGAGCACACUGGAAAGAAGAAUGGCCUACAAAAUGGAGGAGGUUUUGACCAAAUUAAGACGGAAACAUUUGAAGAUGGAAGCAUGAAUGGAGCUGAAGGUGGAGGAGUUGGCUUGCAGAAGAGGGACAAGAAAAAGAAGAAGGAUAGGAAAGAAAAGGAGGUUGAAGAAAGAUUUGGCAAUUCAAUGAAUAAAGGCAACGAAGCUGAUGGGGAUAACAUUAGUAAGCAACUCAAAGUGGAAGUUAAGGAGGAGAUAGACAGAGUAGUUGAAGGUAGUGUGGAGUUGAGCGAUAAUAAGAAGAAGAAGAAGAAAAAAAUGAAGGCUGAGGAUGAAGAAGUUGGGAGGAGUUUUGGGGGUGAUGAGGGGAAGAAGAGGAAAAGUAGGGAGGUUGACGGCGAGGAGACUAUUGAUUCGGCUGAGCAGAGUGGAAAGAAGAAGAAGAAAAAGAGGAGAAUCGAAUAG